AUGUCUGAAGUAGUUGAAUUAAGACAGAGACAAGCUCAAUUCACCAAGGAAUUGCAUGGUGAUGAUAUUGGAUCCAAGAGUGGGUUUGCUGCUUUUGUUUCCAAGAAUCGUUCUGCUCAAAAAGAAGCUGUUGAAAAGUAUUUGAAGCAUUGGGAUGGUAGAACUGACAAGGAUGCAGAAGAAAGACGUCUGGACGAUUACAACGAAUCUACUCACUCUUAUUACAAUGUUGUGACCGAUUUUUACGAGUAUGGUUGGGGUUCUUCAUUCCAUUUUAGUCGUUUCUAUAAAGGUGAAAAUUUCUUUGCUGCAAUGGCAAGACAUGAACACUAUUUGGCAUACCAAGCUGAUAUCCAAAAGGGAGAUUUGGUAUUGGAUGUUGGUUGUGGUGUGGGUGGUCCAGCUCGUGAAAUCUCGAGAUUCACUGGUUGUAACAUCAUUGGGUUAAACAACAACGAUUACCAGUUGGCCAAGGCCAAAUGGUACGCAAAGAAAUACCAUUUGCAGGAUCAGCUGGAUUUUGUUAAAGGUGAUUUCAUGAAUAUGGAUUUCGAACCAAACACUUUUGACAAAGUCUAUGCGAUUGAAGCUACAUGUCACGCGCCAAGUCUGGAAGGUGUGUAUAGUCAGAUUUACAAAGUCUUGAAACCAGGUGGUACUUUUGCCGUUUACGAAUGGGUCAUGACUAAGAAUUACGACGAAAGUAACCCAGCUCACAGAAAGAUCGCUUACGAGAUCGAAUUGGGUGAUGGUAUCCCAAAGAUGUUCUCUGUCGAUGUUGCCCAAGAGGCACUCAAGAGCGCUGGUUUCGAAGUCACUGUUGCCCAGGAUUUGGCUGACUCUGACGAUGAGGUUCCUUGGUACUAUCCAUUGACUGGUGAGUGGAAGUACGUGCAAAAUUUGAGCGACAUUGGAACUUUCUUCAGAACUUCCUAUCUUGGUAGAAAGUUUACUACUGCCAUGGUUUCACUGCUAGAAAAAGUCGGUGCUGCACCAGAAGGUUCUACUAAAGUGACCAAUGCGCUUGAAGAAGCUGCAGUGGGUCUUGUUGCAGGUGGUAAGGAGAAACUUUUCACCCCAAUGAUGCUUUUCGUCGCCAAGAAACCCGUGGAUGCCAAGGAGUAA